CAUCGUCGUAAAUCCUGCGAUCAUCUUUAGCAAACCUUAUACUAGAGGAGCCAACCCAACCAGUUUUCUUCAAAUUUCAGCGACAUUAAACCAUGGAAGCUGUUCAAAAGCUUGCACCGCAUCAGCAACAAGCUUUUAUGAAGGAGAUGGAACAUAUGCAGCUUAAGGAUUCUUUAAGUAUGUACAACAAUUUGGUGGGACGUUGCUUCGAUGGAUGUGUAACGUCGUUCCGUUCUAAAACCCUCGACAAAAGUGAAAUUUCCUGCAUCGAGCACUGUGCCGAUCGGUACGUAAAAAUGACCCAGCGAGUAGGAUUACGAUUUGCAGAACAUCAAGCGAUGCAGCAAAAGAAAAUGGAGCUAGGAAAAUGAAUUAAGUAGGUUGAAUAUUUUUGCAUUUUGU